CGGCGCUGUUUGAACAAGUCAUGUUAAGCGGCCGUUUUUUUAAGUUUUUGGUCUUUGUUUCAUAUGCCUAGUUUUUCUAUGCAGAAAUUUCGUUUUUAAUUUCAUUGUCAUAUUGAUAAACCAUUCAUUCUUCUAUUUGCUCAGUCAUUCAUUACGAAUUUUUAGCAAAUUCCAGGUAUUUCAAUUGGGUUUGUGAUAAAGUCAAGAACUUUGAUGUAUAAAUGCCUUGUUAAGGCUGUUUAUUUGGUGAAGUUAUAUAAAUCGUUUCCUCGGGGAAUAAAGUUUUUUAGUUGUAUUUUGAGUAGAUUCUGUUGGUGAUGGGAGGUAAAAGCUCGAAAGGGUCGACUGGGAGACAUUAUUCUUCAAGAGGAUCUGCUAGCUCUUCUUCGUGGAACAAUUACGGCUACCCGCCAUCGUCAUAUCCACCACAGAGCCCAUAUUACACUACGCCCCAGCAUCACUAUGCGCCUCCACCCUCAUAUAAUUAUGGAUCACAAACGCCCCAGCCUCAAAGGAGAUUAGAUAGGAAGUAUUCAAGGAUAGAUGAUAACUACCAGACUUUGGAACAGGUUACUUCUGCUCUUGCACAUGCCGGCUUGGAGUCUUCUAAUCUCAUUGUUGGUGCAAGGUCAUUCAACCGGAGAAGUUUGCAUCACAUUGGACAUGGUCAAAAUCCCUAUGAACAAGCAAUAUCCAUUAUUGGACAGACUUUAUCCGCUUUUGACGAGGAUAAUUUAAUUCCUUGUUUUGGAUUUGGAGAUGCAUCAACACAUGAUCAAGAUGUCUUUAGUUUCUAUCCAGAUGAGAGAUUCUGUAACGGAUUUGAGGAAGUGCUGCAACGGUAUAGAGAAAUUGUUCCCAGCCUUCGACUUGCAGGACCAACUUCAUUUGCACCCAUUAUUGAUAUGGCCAUGACCAUUGUUGAGCAAAGUGGUGGCCAGUACCAUGUUUUGCUAAUAAUUGCUGAUGGGCAGGUUACAAGAAGUGUUGAUACACAGCACGGUCAACUAAGCCCGCAAGAGCAAAAGACAAUUGAUGCAAUUGUUAAAGCAAGCCAAUUCCCUUUGUCAAUAGUUUUAGUCGGUGUUGGAGAUGGGCCUUGGGACAUGAUGAAGGAGUUUGAUGAUAACAUCCCUUAUCGGGCAUUCGAUAAUUUUCAGUUUGUGAACUUCACAGAGAUCAUGUCAAAGAACAUGGAUCCGUCCAGGAAGCAGACGGAAUUUGCUCUUUCAGCAUUGAUGGAAAUACCUUCUCAAUAUAAAGCAACUAUUGAGCUUGGCAUACUAGGCCGCAAGCAGGGAGUAAAUGCUCCAGACAGGGUUUCUCUUCCCCCGCCUCUCUAUAAUGCAUCAUCAUUCAACGGCAGAAGCUCAAAACCACCAUCACGCUCAAGCAGUUUUCAGCAAUCUAGACCUCCCUAUUCUGGAUAUGAAGCACAGGAGCCUGCUCAUUCUGGAUAUGAUACACCAGUCAGCACAGCACCAUCUUCAAGUUCUUUAUAUGAUAACCAGUUAUGCCCCAUUUGUCUUACUAAUCCAAAGGACAUGGCCUUGGCUGUGGACUCAGGUAAAUAACUACUUUGUAUAUCCUCCACUUUAUUUGAC